AUGGAAAAAACCAAGUUUACAGCCUUAGAAUGUGUAAAUUCCAAUGACUAUAAAGAUGAUUUUUACGAAUCAAAUAAUAAAAUGUUUUGCAUCGCUUGCAAAACUACUGUUAAUUACGCUAAAAAAUCUGUAAUUGAUAAUCAUCUUAAUUCGACAUCACAUAAAAGUAAAAAACGUCUCAUAGGAGCAUCCUCAAGAAAUAUAACAAAACAAGAAAUUAAUAUAGCGUUAGUUAAAGCAUUUGCGGAAGCUGAUAUCCCACUAGAAAAAGUCAAUAAAUUACAAACAUUCUUUAAAGAAUAUUGUAUUGAAGGUAAAUUGAUCUAA